UGUCAGUCCUUGUCCCCCUGAGGGGAAACUUGAAUGCUCCAUGGAAGCUGGCAACAGAACCACAGUCACUGCGUUUGUUCUCCUAGGACUAUCCAACAACCCUCUGAUCCAGGGAGUACUCUUCGUACUGUUCCUGGUGAUCUACCUCCUGACCCUCACGGGGAACCUGCUGGUGCUACUGGUGAUCAGUACUGAUUCCCAUCUCCACUCUCCCAUGUGCUUCUUCCUGCGUCACCUCUCCUUCCUGGAUGCUUUCUAUUCCUCGAUCAUCGUGCCUAAACUGCUAGAGAACCUUCUUUCCAAAAAGAAGACAAUAUCUCUCCUUGAGUGUUUCACUCAGAUUUCCUUGGUCAUACUUUCUGGGGCUGCUGAAGCUUGCCUCCUUGCAGUCAUGGCCUAUGACCGGUUCCAGGCUGUGUGCCACCCACUGCUGUACAUAGUGGCUAUGAACAGAAAGGUAUGUACUGGCCUGGUGGGAGCCUCCUGGGCCAUAGGAAUGGGGACUGGCCUGGUUAACACCAUCCUUCUGGCUCAGCAGCAUUUCUGUGGCCCCAACCUUGUCCACAGUUUUGCCUGUGAGCUCCCCCCAGUGCUCCCGUUGGCCUGUUCUGACCCCCACAUUAGUAUCGCCACCAUCCUGACCACCAUGGUGGUUCUGGGCCUUGGCACCUUUGUCCUAUCGCUGGGUUCCUAUACCCGUAUCAUCACAACAGCCCUGAGGAUCAACUCUGCCACGGGUCGAAGCAAGAUCUUCUCCACCUGCUCUUCUCAUUUUCUUGUUGUCACCAUCUUUUAUGGUUCAGGCGUUUUCAGGUACAUGACUCCAGCAUCCGGCUCAGCCCUGGAGCAAGUGCUCUCCGUGCAGUACAGUGUGGUGACCCCAUUGCUAAACCCCCUCAUCUACAGUCUGAAGAACCAGGAGGUGAAGGCAGCUCUGAGGAGGAUGCUGGCCAGGAAGCCCAGGCUUACCUUCUAA